AUGUGUGUAUUUCUUCGAGAUGAAUUCAAAGUGAUGCCAGCUGAUACUCACGUGGCAGCGGGCGAGACCGCUCUACUUCAAUGUGGAGCUCCUAGAGGGCAUCCUGAGCCAAAUCUCGUCUGGAAAAAGGACGGAAAAGAUAUGGAUGUCGACGGUCGACGAAUAAGGGUUGUUGAUGGAGGAAAUCUCAUGAUAUCUGAUGUUAGACAACACGAUGAAGGAAGAUAUCAGUGUGUCGCUCAUAAUUUGGUAGGAUCUAGGGAGACGCCACCAGCUACCUUAAAAGUACAUGUGAAACCGCUAUUUAAUAAGGAACCUCAGGAUAUAGUGGCUUUAACCGGUCAAAAGGUAGUUUUUGAAUGCUCAGUGGAAGGGGACCCGACCCCAAACGUAUUGUGGCGUAGAGAAGAUGGAAAAAUGCCUAUAGGAAGAGCUAGGAUUAUGGAUGACAAAUCUCUGCUUAUCGACAACGUACAAACAACCGACGAGGGGUUGUACAUUUGCGAUGCGGAAAACUUGGUAGGGACUAUUUCUGCCAGAGCGUCUUUGGUUGUCAACUCUCCUCCAACUUUCAUAGAACGUCCCAAGGAUCAGAAAGUUAGUCUUAACGGUGUAGUAGAAUUUCACUGCUCAGCAACGGGAAAUCCACCACCGUCAGUGUUUUGGAGUAAGGAAGGUUCCCAGAUUCUCAUGUUCUCAGACAAUUCAAAUGGUCACAUGCAUGUUAAUGCUCAUGGAACCCUCAGGAUUCAAGGUGUCCAAAGAGAGGAUGCUGGAUUCUUGGUUUGCAAUGCUUUGAGCGUGGCUGGUUCUAAUAGCGUUAGAGCUUUUCUUCAGGUAACAUCAGUAGCCGAUUUACCUCCACCCAUCAUCCAAAUAGGACCAGCAAAUCAAACUUUACCACUACAUAGCAUGGUGACACUUCACUGUCGAGCUUCUAGUCCUGAAGGAGAGGCUCCGAAAAUUCGUUGGCUCAAAGAUGGGAAAGCUCUGUUUGGAAGCAAUCUACCUUCUAGAUAUACCUUAAGUGGCACAGGUACCUUGGAUGUUGAUGAUCUCAGAUUAGAUGACUCAGGCCAAUACACCUGCUCAGCCACAUCCGAAAGUGGCGAAAGUUCUUGGUCAGCAUCCCUUAAUGUCGUCGAAGGAACCUCAAUUCCACUACAUCGCAGUCCGGAUCCGUCUACAUUUCCAAAAGCUCCAAGUAUUCCAAGAAUCUUAAAUUCCACCGAGUCAAGUAUAAGCCUGUCAUGGGAUAGUGAAGACGACGAAAAUACUUUAGUAGGUUAUACUGUUGAAUAUUGGAGUCCAGAUUUACAGACUGGGUGGGUUAUAGCUGCCCAUAGAAUCCAGAAUCCCUAUAUGGUGGUUCACGAGCUGAAGCCAGAUAGUUCAUAUGUAUUUAUAGUAAGAGCAGAAAAUGCCCACGGAUUAUCUCCAGCUAGUCCAGUAUCAAAAAUUGCCAGAACAUUAGCUAAUUCAAGAUCGUUACCUAGCUCAGAGUUAGAUACUGCUAGAGCUACACUUAGCACCAAAUUAAUUGAGUUAAAGGAAGCAAAACCCCAAUCUUCCAGUUCUGUCAAACUGAUUUGGAAUUUUUCUGAUAAUGACUAUGUAGAAGGUCACUACAUUAGGUUUAGAGAAUUAUCAGGAGGAUCUCACAAUUACAACAUACUAACAGUAUUAGAUGUUGAAGCAAAAUCUUAUGUAGUAGCAAAUUUAAAGAAAUUUACCAAGUAUGAAUUCUUUAUUUCACCGUUCUAUAAAUCGGUAGAGGGUCAACCAUCGAAUUCAAGAAUAGCCCAGACGUUAGAGGAUGUUCCUUCUGCACCGCCUGAUAGCAUAACGGCUGGAGUUUUUAAUGACACCGCAGGUUGGGUACGAUGGUCGCCUCCUCCACCCCAGCAUUGUAACGGAAUAGUUACUGGUUAUAAAAUUCAGAUUAAGGGAAAUAUUGUAAGAUCAAUGACUAUGAAUGCUUCCACGACUUCUAUAUUAAUUAGCAAUCUUACAGCUGGUGGUUCGUAUACCGCAAAAGUGGCAGCACUCACAAUUGCUGGCCAAGGUCCAUAUUCUAACCCUGUACCCUUGCUCACUGCACCGAGAGCUCAAAGUCCUAGAACAUUAGGUCCCUUUGUACCGUUAGUUCGCCAGACCUGGUUUGUUGCACUUCUCGCAGUUCUUGUAUUAUUAUUGCUGUUAGGUAUUGGAGUACUUCUAUACUUAAAACGAAGACAGUCAUUAAGUAAACAAUUGGGACAUCUAAAUGUCCCCGUAGUAAAUGCUUCUCAGUUGAAUGCAAAAGAAAGUCUGUGGAUUGACAGGGGAUGGAAAGCUACCGAUUGUGAUAAGGAUUCUUCUAUUCCUUUAGCACAACCUGCAGAUUAUGCUGAAGUUGACACUAAAAAUUUAUCCACAUUUUAUAAUUGCAAGAAAAAUUUGGAAAGUCCUACCCCUUACGCUACAACAAUGAUUUUGCCACCUCCAAACUGGUCUGAGAUAAUUCCUCCUCCACCAGACCACCCUCCUCCAGAUUGUCCCCGAGAAAAUCCCCCAGUACCUCCGCCAAGAGGCGGUGGUAGUACUUGUGGAAGUGCUGGGGGGUACGGAUGUUACUCUGUCCACGUUCCUAAUCAAUGCGGUAAAAUUCAACAUGCCAGAGCUCGUUCUUGCAAUAACUGUGAUGCUCACUGCUCUUUAGCUAGUGGUAGUUCCGGUCAUAGAUCAAACAGUAGAGGUUAUUGUAACAAUAUUCCCCACAGCUGUGAUACUAAGAUUUGGUUUAACCAACAUAAUUGGGAUAACGAAGACGCCGACUGUGAAGAUAGACACUCAUGUACCAGUAGCCAUGAUACUACCUGCUCAUGUAGUGAAUCGUCCUGUUUGUAUGCUGAAGCCGGACCUUCCAAUAACCCCCGUCCUUUGGCUCACAACCCGCAGGUUAAUAAACGGCUUAAGUGA